GGGUCGUGCAAAUUUCCCAUUUUGAUUUGAUAUCGCUGAGAGAGGGGAUAAGCCACUGACGAUACCGUUGUACUAUUUGCGAUCCUUCUUCAUCUUCUUCUUUGGUUGCCUUAGCUUUUCUUUCCACUCUGCAAUUUUCCAGCCAUUACUAGGGAGGUUGUGUCGGACUCUGACUCCAAUUAGAUUCGGAGAAGAAGGGGGGAGCAAAAAAAACCUUAGUUUUGCAAUGGCUGUGCAGUAUUAUGGAGCUUUCAUGGAGAAAUUCCUCCUGCAACCGAGCUCCCCCUCCGAUGAACUUCCAUUAAAUGGCCUCACUUUCGCUGUUAAAGACAUAUUUGAUAUGGAUGGGCAUGUAACUGGUUUUGGAAAUCCUGAAUGGCUAAGGACUCACCGACCUGCCAAUCAGACAGCUCCAGCUGUGUUGACCAUCCUAAGAGGGGGAGCCAGCUGCAUUGGCAGGACUAUCAUGGAUGAAAUGGCCUACAGUAUAAAUGGGGAAAACUUUCACUAUGGCACACCCCAAAACCCAUAUGCAUUAGAUCGGGUACCUGGAGGAUCGUCUAGUGGCUCUGCUGUUGCUGUAGGUGCAAAACUUGUGGAUUUCUCCUUAGGAACUGACACUGGAGGUAGUAUAAGAGUGCCUGCAUCCUAUUGUGGAAUACUUGGAUUUCGGCCUUCACAUGGUGCAGUUUCUACCUCUGGAGUAGUACCCAUGGCACAGAGCUUUGAUACAGUAGGAUGGUUUGCCAGGGAUCCUGUUGUAUUAAAAAAAGUAGGUCGGUUGCUACUGCAACAUCCAGAGGUUGAACAUCAAAAGCCUACACAGGUGCUCAUUGCAGAAGAUUGUUUCAAGCUCUCAAGCAUUCCUAGUGAACGAUUGACACAAGCUUUCAUUAAUUCAGUAAAGAAAUUAUUUGGUGGCCAUCUUAUAAAACAAGUAGUCCUUGGGACUUAUCUUGUGGACAAAGUUCCAAGUUUGAAGCAUUUCAUGAUUGAAGGAAAUGCAGGCCAUGAGCAUAGCAUACCAUCCUUGGCAGCCCUUGCAAGAUCGAUGCAAUUACUUCAGAGGUAUGAAUUCAAAAUCAAUCACGAAGAAUGGGUUAGAACUUACAAUCCUCAUUUGGGCCCAGGAAUAUCAGAACGAGUAUCAGAAGCCAUGAGAGCAACAAAUGAGAAUAUUGAUCUGUGUCAUAACAUUAAAAUGGAACUGCGUGAAGCUCUUGCUGCACUUCUUGAAGAAUUUGGGGUCCUUGCAAUUCCUACAGUCCCUGGCCCCCCUCCUAAACUAAACACAGACAUCUCGAAGCUACAUGACUUUCGUGCGAAGGCUUUCAGCUUGCUCUCCAUUGCUGGGGUCUCUGGAUUCUGCCAGGUUAGCAUACCUCUAGGCUUGUACAAUGGUCUUCCUGUAUCAAUAUCUUUGCUAGCAAAACAUGGUUCAGAUGGAUUUUUGCUCAAUGUUGUUCAUAGUCUUUACAACACUUUAGAAGAAGUUAAGCCAAGCUUCUAAGAAAGACAAAAGAAUGCUAAAGGAAACUACUUUGAUAUUUGAAAAUUACUGUCCUAUAACUAUUGUCAGAUUGCAAGAAUGAGAACAUGUGUAAGGUAAGACGGGUAGUAUCCUAUAUAUUCAUAAUUUUUUUUUAAAAUUUUUUAGCAAUGAAUAAAUUGUAUGUUUAUUGGAUGAUGAGAUAUUUGUAUUCCGUGGUC